AUGUCGCUGUUGAGCCUGCCCAACGAGAUACUCCGGAAGGUGCUGCGCCGCAUGGACGCAGAAUCCCUGGCUCAUGUCUCUUCCAUGAGCCCGCGGCUUGAUGCCGUGGCUAGAGAUUUUUUGCACUCGACCAGGAUCGAGAUUCUAACGGAGCCCGCAUGGAAAUACGUGGAGGAUUUCGGACACCUGGUGCGAUCGUUGGACCUCACCAAUUGCAUGGCGAGCCCGGCCGAAAUUCGUGAAGCGUUGAAUAUGUGUCCCGGGCUCCAGAGUUUGAAUCUUCAAAACACCUCACUCACCUUCCCGGCUGUUUGGGAUGUACUGGAAGAGCUCAAAGAGCUGGAAGCUCUCUGUUUCUCAAUGUUGGAUCAGACGGGGGAUAGCUCGGCUGACCUAGGGAUCCCGCCAGAGGGCACGUCGACGUAUGCCUCGAUCAGGAAGCUCCAGGUAGAAGUGUCGCCGACGGAGGAACCUUUAGAGGGUUUACUGGAACUCGUGCGGAAGUGCCCGAACCUCCAAAGAUUGAGCGUCAACAUCAUCGGGGAGGAAGUUCUGCCGCAAUGGAGUGGACGGUUCGACACGGAUCCACUUGAACAAGUCGCGGACACUCUCGACACCAUCAUCAUCACGCUGAGCAUGUCCGACUGCAUCUCGUUCCACCGGACGCUCCUACAGCGAAUUUUCGCCGACAAGGUCGAUGAACGCAUGAAGAAGUGGAUCGAGGAGGAUAAGGAAUGCUACAUUUACGAAAAGGGUUGGCUGAACGGAGAGGCUCCCCGCGACCCAUCGAGUGCAAUCCAACGGAUCGCUCAUUUUUCCCUGAGCAACGAGGAGAACUUGGAAUCUUCGAGCCGCGCGUGGAACAACCCGCUGGAAGUUCGCCUCGGUUUCUCGGGCAGCGAGUUGAGGGCGACGCUUCUCCUUCAGCAAAUAAUCCCCAAGCUCCCGACCCUGGUAGCGGUGGACCUGAUCGACGUCCACCACGACGGUCUACUUUACCCGCUAGACUUCUUCGCGUCCUGCAAAUCGAUCAAGAGUCUGGGCAUCUCCGCCUGCCUUCUGCGAAUCGCGCGCUCUGACACGGAGUCAGAGCGUCUCGAGCGAAUCUUUCGCCAGUCGAAGAUCGCCAAGCUCGUCGUCAGGGGCAACGCACGAAUCAUCGGACUUCGACGUCGGAGCUCCCGCGCCUCCAGUGACUGUUCGCAUUGCGCGAAAAAGUUUCUCCGGGAGAACGUUCCUGAUCUCAGGCUCCUGGAAAACCUGAGGGAGCUGACUCUGUCUGAGAUCAAGGUGGCUGCUUCAGCCUUAGAGAAGCUCAGCAAUCGAACAGUCCGUACUGUGAGAUUGAAACUGAGCUGCGCAAGCGAUAUUACAGGCUUGCGGCGCUUUAUAGGGAACUGCAAAAACCUCGAGGACUUCAAACUCACGGUCGAGUGGGUGGAUUUGAACUCGGCGUUCGUUUGGAGAGCGCUCGGCAGAGCGGAAAAGCUCAAGCAGCUUUGCUUGUGGCUCCAUGAGGUACCGAGUUCUCUUUCGGAAAUGGAACUAAAUUUGCCGGAGAUUUUGCCGCGUCUGGAAGUCCUGCACAUCCAUGGACCGCCGGCGACGACCCUCGUCAUCAACCCCUUGUUGAGUGAUAUGCUGACUCGAUUCUUCAGCGGCGUUUACAUGGGCCCGGGAUGUCCGAUAAUGGACCAUAUCCAUUCGCGGCACAUGCACCAAAUCUUUCCGGGCCGAAGAUUAUGUUACUCCGACGACUUUAUCGGAUUGUCAAGCCCGGAGGGCUGGUGA